AUGGCUUCGAGCCAGAACGAGAAUAAAGGCAAGCGCGCAGUGGCCGGCAGCCCUGGUUCCGGCAUUCUGGCAUUGGCGCAGAUGACACUGAAUUUAGUCACCCGUCCCGUCACGCAGUUAUGGAACGACGUUUGCGAAGACUGCAGUGGCUUAGAGUUGCGCAAGAUCAUGUCUAUCAAUAUGCAUCUGUUCCAGACGUACCAAUAUGGACUCCUGGUCGCAGACGUCGGUGAUCGCUUCAAGACGAUGCCAGCGAAUGGAUGUCCGCUCUGCCAAAUGCUCUUUGCUCACCGCCUCAAAGCGCGGGGUGAGGGAGAGGCGAGCGAUGGGCACGAGAUCCGCGCCUUUUCGUAUGUGCAGUGGUAUGAAGGGGUUAACACACACGACUUUGUAAUGCCCGACCCGGGUAUCUCGCUAUGUGUUGUUCCGCGAUCCUUUGGAUUUGACCAGCCUCCAGAGAGGAUGAUGUCCCACUUUCGGGAACACGGACACGUUUUUUGCUAUGACUCCUUGUCGUUCGGAUUCAACCUCUUGUCUCCGCGCGUUAGGAAAGACAGAUUUGAUGCAUCGUUUGUCCAGCCGCUGUUAGACUUCUGCCGUGCAAACCACAAGCAGUGCGCGCCACCUACUAUCCCCGUGGUUGGGCUGCGUCUGCUGGAUUGCGCGACGCGCAGCCUUGUUUCGGCGACGCCGGCCAUGGCGUACGUCGCGCUGAGCUACGUGUGGGGUAGUGGCGGCGCCGGUGCUGACCUCCCGCCCGUGGCCGCCGAUGCCAUGCAGGUGGCGGCGGCGCUCGGGUUCCGCUACCUCUGGGUGGACCAGUGCUGCAUCGACCAGGAGGACUCGGAGGCGAAGCAAGUCCAGAUCGCGCAGAUGGACGCCGUGUACCGCAACGCGGCGCUAACGAUCGUGGCAGCCGCGGGCGCGUCGCAGAGCCACGGGCUACCAGGCAUCGGCACCCGGUUGCGGACGGUCCAGCGGACGGCGCGCAUGGGACGCUACCGCGUGGUGGAGUCGCUAGCCGACCCGUACCACACGAUGCGGCGGUCGCGCUGGUUCACGCGGGCGUGGACGUUCCAGGAGGGGCUGCUGUCGCGCCGCUGCCUCGUGUUUACGGACGAUCAGGUAUACUACGAGUGCGCGGGGAUGAACACGGCCGAGGCAGUCGCGUGCAACGUGGCCAACUUCCACGAGUUUGACCGCUCGCGCUUCUUCCCGUCCAUGCGCGGGUCCCUGCUCUGCACGGACCUGCAGUACGUGUCGCCGCAUGCGUCGUUUGGCCAAGUGCGCGGCCUGCUCGAGCUUUUCACCGCGCGUAAGCUCAGCGUCGAAAACGACUCGCUCAAUGCAUUCCUGGGUGUGCUGCACCACUUCCGCCGCCAAGAUUGCCCCGUUCGCCACCUCUGGGGCGUCCCCUUUGUCGUGCACCCGGGCAUGGUCAAGUAUUACUACGAGGACGUCGACGCCUACCUCCUCGACGGCAUGUGCUGGCGGCAUGUGCACAGCUGCUGGGACGACGACGCAGACGACGCAGAGCGCCGGCCCCGGCGGCGCCCGCAGUUCCCCUCGUGGUCCUGGUCCGGCUGGGCCGGCGCCAUCACGCACGACCGCGCCCCGCACCCGCACCAGCUGUCGCCCUUUGGCAGCGUUCUGUCCUUUCUCAAGCUGGAGAGCAAGAACGGCUCCUUGGCGGCGUUUAAGGACGUCUUUGUGAGCCCGCAGGGAGACAUUGAGCCCUGGUGCUAUCCGGCGGCGCUUCUGUUCAACGCCGCGGUGGUGCACCCGGACAAUAUUGAGCAUCGGCCCAGCACCGAGGAGUGCGACGGCAGCGAUCCGAGCAAGCAGUGGAGGGUCGCCGGAAUGUCCGCGACCGUGUCUCUGAGCUGUGGCCCAUCGUCGCCAUCUGGCCUUCUCUCGGCGUUGCGUGACGAAGAGUACCUUGCAGUCAUUCUCGGGGUGGACAAUCGCAUCGGGCUGGAGCCUGGGGUCAGUUUUUUUGUCUUGCUUGCAGAAGCAGGACCGGGCGACCUGGUCCACCGCUGUGGACUACUCACCGUCCAGGCGCCACAUCUGAGAGAAUUUCUAGCGUUUUACGACUCUUGCGACAGGCGGAGUUUCCGCCUAGUGCCGCCCCUGCUCCUCGUAGCUCCUGGCCAAAUUGCGCAUCGCCCUGACCGCCUCGAGGCUGUCUUCGCCGUGAGCGCUCUGGCAUGCGUGAAACGAACGAGCAAACAGGUCGCCUGCUUCGACGAGCUUCCCUUGCUUCUGAUAAACGCAGGCCAGGCUCUUGGCGGUGGUUGCAAUCUGCCUGGUCGCUGGGCCGUGGGCGCUCUCGAACCCUGCAAGCGCGCACUGAAGAAGGCGCUCUGCCUCGUCGAGCCGCUGCUGCUCCAGAUAGAAGCUACCGAGGUGCUCGGCGGCCUCAAGAGAGGCCCAGCCGCACGGACCGAGGACCGUCUCGUACCCCUGCAGAGCCCUUUGCAGCAGUGGCUCAGCCUGUGCCAAUUUGCCCUGCUCUAUGUAGAUCAAUGCCAGCCGGACGUACGCGGGAAGGACCUGCGUAUUGUUCGCUCUGUGCUUCUUUUCGAGCCCCGCCAGCGCACGCUCUGCCAGCGCUUCCGCUUCAGCGAGCUUCUCCUCCUUCUGCUGCUGCUGACAGACGCUGGCCAGGCGGAGGGCGUCGCGCAGGGUCGACGCGUGGUCGCCCCCCACGUGGACCCGGUGGCCCCGCAUCGCGCGACGAAGCAGUUCUUCGGCGUCACCCAGCUUUCCCGGCUGCAGGGCAUGCAGCGCGCCGAGGCUGCUGGCCACGUCCAGCGUCAGCGCGCCUUCGGGCCCCAGCGUCUCAUCACUCAGCUGCAGCGCCCGCGCGUACUGCACCUCGGCGUCCGCCAGCGCGCCGAGCGCCAUGCGCGCGUCGCCCAGGCGGUGCACCGCCGCUAUGGCCGUCUCGUGCCUCGUGCCUAG